GAAAUAACGAACAACUAAAUUUACACUUUAACCUGGGAAGUGGCCUGCCUGUCUUGUCUAUAUUGACAUCCAGGAAGAAAAAGCGAUCUGCUUCUCACUGCAAUCUUGCCGCUGGGUGUGUGGCCUGCUAAGUAGUCGUCAACGGUUUUCAAUAUAGAAAGCCGCUCAGCAGCCAGCUGCUAAUACUUUACACAAAAUCACCUGCUAGCCAGCUUGCGAGAGAGACCUCUUACGGGGCUUAUUCAGAGACGAUUUCUACGAGUUGGUAGAGGUUAUUUUAGGUAUCCCGCAUAAGCAAGCGAUACCACUGGUCCGACUCGUGUUAGUUGUCAAAUUGUGUUACGAACCCAGGCUUGAGAGUCAGCCAACAGACUCAAGGGACGGAACGAGGCGAAAUUACUUCCACAUUAAACUUCUCCCAAGUCAUUGGUAACGACCUGGUCCUUGUUCAAGGCCCACGUUAGCGUCUCCACCAAAGCCAUUGCACAGACUACCCCGUCGUCCGUUUUAUCUGUCGACUUUGCCCGAAUUAAAAGUCGUUACUUCAUCCGCCACCAAGUUCAAGCUCGUUUCUGCUCGGCCCCCUCGAGUUUGGUAGUCGCCUAGGUCAGACCUGUUGAACCCGGUCUUCCCUUUCGAUCUUCUCUUGCAAAGAUCCAGUGUCCUGCUUUACGUAUUGUUGCCAUUCGCCAUGGACUCCACGCCGUCGCAGCACAUGCCUACGAUAGAAAUCGCAAUGCGGGAUCAACAAAAGCCGGUUGAGCGAGUCACUGAUCAGUUGGAGGUACCUUCCUUAGACGAUCGAUCAUACCGCGUUAUACGGCUGCCUAACCAACUAGAAGCGUUGUUGGUUCAUGAUCCCGAGACAGACAAGGCCAGCGCUGCCCUCGAUGUUAAUGUUGGUAACUUUAGCGACGAGGAUGACAUGCCAGGCAUGGCCCAUGCCGUGGAACAUCUUCUAUUCAUGGGCACAAAGAAGUAUCCUGUGGAGAACGCAUACAACGUAUACCUCUCUUCGCAUUCGGGUAGCUCAAAUGCUUAUACCGCAGCUACAUCGACCAACUAUUUCUUCGAUAUUGCAGCCAAGCCUAGCAAUGGUGAAGAACCCUCUGCGACAAAUUUGUCUCCUUUAUAUGGUGGCUUAGAUCGGUUUGCCCAGUUCUUCAUCGAGCCUUUGUUUCUACCGUCAACCUUAGAUCGGGAGCUACGCGCCGUCGACUCAGAAAAUAAGAAAAACCUUCAGAGCGACCAGUGGCGCCUCAACCAGCUAGAGAAGACCCUUUCUAAUUCCAAGCACCCCUAUUGCCACUUCUCAACGGGGAACUUCGAAGUACUCAAAACCAUACCCGAAUCUAACGGAAUAGAUGUACGGCAAAAGUUUAUCGAUUUCCAUGAAAAACACUACUCUGCCAACCGAAUGAAGCUCUGUGUCUUAGGUCGAGAGCCUCUCGAUGUCCUUGAAGAAUGGGUCGCUGAGCUGUUUUCUGGUGUUGUGAACAAGGAUCUUCCACAGAACCGUUGGGAGGCUGAAGUACCGUUCAAGAAAGAGCAUUUGUCUAUGCAAUGCUUCGCAAAGCCGGUAAUGGAUUCUAGAGAGUUAAAUCUCUAUUUUCCAUUCCUUGACGAAGAGUUCAUGUACGAGACCCAACCGAGUCGAUAUAUCAGUCACCUAAUUGGUCAUGAGGGCCCUGGGAGUAUAAUGGCAUACCUCAAGUCUAGAGGAUGGGCUAAUUCACUGAGUGCUGGUUCUUACACCGUCUGCCCCGGCACGCCUGGGAUAUUCGACUGCCAAAUACGUUUGACAAAAGAGGGUCUUAAGCAUUACAAAGAAGUUGUCAAGGUGGUUUUCCAGUAUAUCUCACUCCUCAAGCAGACACCCCCCCAAGAAUGGAUAUUCCAGGAACAAAAGGGUAUGGCAGAUGUCGACUUCAAAUUCAAGCAGAAGACACCAGCGAGCCGUUUCACGAGCAAGAUAAGCGCUGUGAUGCAAAGGCCAAUGCCGCGAGAGUGGCUACUCAGCGGGCAAAGUCGCAUCCGGAAAUUCGACCCAGAAGCAAUUGUCAAAGGUGUGGAGCUCUUACGGCCUGACAAUCUUAGAAUGACCAUAGUGUCCCGCGAAUUUCCAGGGGAGUGGGAUCAGAAGGAACAGUGGUAUGGCACUGAGUAUAAGGCUGAAAAGAUUCCGGAGGACUUUCUCGAGGAGAUUUCCAAGGCUGCUCAUUGCACCGAGGCAGAACGUCUGCCCGCUCUCCAUCUCCCGCACAAGAACCAGUUCAUUCCCACCAAAUUGGAAGUGGAGAAGAAGGAGGUUGAGAGACCAACUUUGGCGCCUCGAGUUAUUCGAAACGACGAGAUUGCACGCACAUGGUACAAAAAAGACGAUACGUUCUGGGUGCCAAAGGCGAAUCUGAUAGUGACUCUCAAAAACCCCAUCAUCUUUGCCUCGGCCGAGAAUUCGGUCAAGUCGAAACUCUUCACCGAUCUAGUUAGGGAUGCGUUAGAGGAGUAUUCUUAUGACGCCGAGCUAGCAGGUUUGCAGUAUAACGUCAGCCUUGGUUCGCGCGGACUGUUCGCGGAGGUAUCUGGUUAUAAUGACAAACUACCUGUACUGCUGGAGCAGGUCCUCAUCACCAUGCGAGACCUGGAAGUCAAGGAUGAGCGAUUCGAGAUCAUCAAAGAGCGGCUGACUCGUGGCUAUAAGAACUGCGAACUGCAACAACCAUUUACACAAAUUGGUGAUUAUGUGUCAUGGCUAACAUCUGAGCAUGAUUAUGUUGUUGAGCAGCUAGUGGCCGUGCUACCUGGAAUCACAGCCGAUGAUGUGCGGCAGUUCUAUAAGCAAAUCAUGUCGCAAUUGCAUAUCGAAGCCUACGUACAUGGAAAUGUGUACAAGGAGGACGCCCUGAAGCUGACAGACAUGAUCGAGAAAAUUUUGAAACCUCGUCCUUUACCAAAGGAGGAAUGGCCCAUAAUUCGAUCGUUGGAAUUCCCACCAGGAUCAAAUUUUCUCUUCCAGAAGACAUUGAGAGAUCCUGCUAACAUCAACCACUGUAUCGAGUACUAUCUUCACAUAGGUGACAAAGGGGACCGCUUAAUUCGCGCUAAGACACAACUUCUGGAUCAGAUUAUUCAUGAGCCAGCCUUUGAUCAGUUACGAACGAAGGAGCAACUUGGUUAUGUCGUCUUCAGUGGCCUCCGAAGUUCCGCGACUACCUAUGGAUUCCGGUUCAUCAUACAGAGCGAGCGUCCCUCAGAGUAUUUAGAAUCUCGCAUUGACUCUUUCCUAGCUGCGCAGGUCGCCUCGCUCGAAGAAAUGAGCGACGUGGACUUUGAAAGUCAUAAGAGAAGCGUGAUCAUCAAACGUCUUGAGAAAGUUAAGAAUCUGGACCAGGAAACUGGGCGACACUGGGCGCAGAUCAGUAAUGAAUAUUACGACUUUGAAUCAGCUCAACGAGACGCUGCACAAGUCAAGAAGCUCACAAAGGCAGAAGUGAUUGAAUUCUAUUCUACCUACAUCAACCCCACGUCACCGACACGGGCCAAGUUGGUAGUACAACUGAUUGCCCAAGCUAUCAGCCCCAAAAUAAAGGAGGCUGAGGAACUGAGCAAUGGCGACACGGAUGCUGUUUACUCGAACGGCACAGAACCAGAAUUAAUCCGAAGCGUACGGGAUUACAAAGCAAGACUUUCAGUGACUUCAGGGGCUCGUCCGAUCAGAGAGCUUAGCGAUUUCGAAGAGAUAGAUUCUAAGCUUUGAGGCAGUCGUGCAGGGAAGCGUGUGGUAGAUUAUAGAACGCAAGAGAACUAUACCCCCUUUGAUUAUAUAGUUCGUUACAGCAUGUUUUA